AUGAGUAGUCAUGUCGAAUUUGCGUUCCAUUAUCGAAUUACUGAAUUUAUGCGUCUGAUUGUCGACGAUGUUGAUUUCAUGGAAACCGAUGGUCUAAUGGAAGUCGCUGAAUGGAUGAUGAAGAAGAUCAGAGGACGCGUCUGUCCGUUCGCUGCUCGUUUUUCAAUCGAUGAAGAGGACGAGGUCGAAGUCGACAAUAUUACAGUUGCCUUUCUAUUUGACCUCUUGCUGACUUGCCAAAAACGGCAGGUAGAGCGUGUCGACUUUGAAGUCGAAAGUGAACCUCGUACGGUGUGCUGGAAAUGCCAUACGUUCGUUGCUGAGAAGAUCGCCAAAGAUUCUUCAAAGGAUAUCCCCUUAUUCGAGCCAGCUGACGUUGAAUUUGAUGCCGGUUUCAUCGACUUCCUCAAGAAGUUGGAAGAGCGUCAAGAGAUGAUCAAGGAAUCCGCGCUACGCCUUCUUUCUCCACCUCGUCCGUCUGUGCUACCUGAGCAGAACCGUCUGGAAAAGUCUGUCCAGACCACUGGCAAUUGCACAUCACUUCCAGCUGAUGCGUUCGUCCCUGAGCUUCCGUCACCGGAUUUGGCCGAAUUCCAUGAUGCACAGGUGGACAUCGGAAGCAGCGUCGACAACUUUGUUGAUGCACUCUUUGAUUUCGAGCCGAAAGCUAAGAACAAUAGUGCAGUUUUCAAGCGCUACCCUGCAUCACGUUUCUUCCCAUCGAGAAAUAUCAAUUGGGGAAACCAAGCAGAACUCGUUGGUUGUUGGGGGAACUCAUCGAGAAAGAUCGCUCUACCAUGGUCGUGUCGGUCUUUGCAACAAUUCGGUUCGGUUCGGGAAAUGAAUUCACCAUCCACGAUCGAGGAUCUUAUAGCUCUUCAUGAUAGCGCUGCAAUUUGUCAUAGGGUUCAAAAAAAAUGGGAUAGGCUCCAAAGUGAAGCUGGUUUGUCGAUGACAGCCGCAUUGAGUACUGGUAUAGGAGGAGUUGAGGAGUGUUCACAAGAACAGCCUCAACCUGAAAAAAAGAGUAAACGACGAGAAAACGAAGAGUGGGUUGCCGCUCUGUUGAAAAUGCUCGAACAAAAGCCGACGAAAAGCCGAAAACUUCUUCGAGGGCUCAUCAACUAUUCCAAAGAACAUAAGUCUUCAAAGUCGUCAAAGUCACGUAGUGCUGGGCUGCACCCUGCCUCACCCUCGAAGCACUCAGACACUGAAACAAAGGAGUCCGCUGCAGAAAAUGGCCCAGCGCCAUCGGUGGACAAUGCCAAUCCGGCUGUGGAUGUCUACGAAUACAUGAGGAUGAAACUGAAGGAGCAUGAGAAAUCAAAGAAGGACUCCGGGAAAGAGGUCAAGGUGGAAUCAAAGCCAAAGAAGGUGAAAAAAGAGAAAAAUCAGAACGACAUUCGUGUGUACCUAGUGGGGCGGAAGUCGUUGUCAAAGAAUCGAAUUGCUGGGAAAUACGUGAAAUUGAACAAAACUCCUACCGUUGCAGUGGUUGGGGAAUCGAACACACGUUUUGUUGGCCGUCUUUCUAACACGGCUGUCGUCUACGGUAAAAGUUUCAAACUCACAAAUCUAUCUCGAAAGGAGCUUCAUCUCAGCGUCGCUCCAAUUGAUUGGCCAGAGCACAUUCAAUUGCUGCACCCGAUUUCUGCGACGAUCCUAGCUCCCGGACAAACUAAGGACAUGGCGGUUACCGUAACCCGUUCGGAUGGAACGGUUGCUUCGGAAUGUCACCUGUUGUCGAUUGUUCAUCGAAAGACUACAGUGUCCCACGUUCUCACAUUUAGAAUUGACGCUAUGGCCGUUCAUCAUCAAGGCCCACUACUAUCGGAGCUUUAUACACCAGAAGAAGUCAAAAUGAUCACGACAUUCCGCCCAGUACUAAAUCUUCCUCGUCCUCUUGAUGAGGGCCACCAACAGUCUUCUGAUGAGGCUGAGGCCACGGAAACUGUACACACUGUUAUCAAUAUGCUGAAGGAUGAAGUCGAUAGCAUGUGUACCGGAGUUAUUCCACAAACUAAGGUUGAAGCGAACUCCGUGCACACACUCACUGAAACAGGUGUGAUUGAGUGUAAUCAAAUGACUGACAGCGUUCACACUGCAAUUGGGGAUACCGAGGAAGAGUGCAUAGCUGCUCUGGAAAAGGUCACAGUCACUGAAGCAGAAGAAACAGCCAGCGAUUCGUCAGGCUCAGACUUCGAGCUUAUCGACGUCGAUGAGGGUGGCAGUAUCUCGUCAGAGGCUGAAGAAGGCGAUUUCGUGACCGCUUAG